AUGGUAUUGUUGGCCGGGAUCUUCGCUUCUACAGUCACAUUCACAACAGUAAUACUGCUGUGCCAGCUGAAUCAGCUAGUUGUUCAACCAUGUGGCGCUGAUAUUGUGAUCCCCGGCGGCACAAUCUGCGGCACCGAUCACGACGACGGAACCUAUGUCGGGUGCGACGCGGGUCGCUGCUGUAGCAACUAUGGCUACUGCGGCGACGACCGCGUCCACUGUGUCACGGACUGUUGGAAGCAAUGUCGCGACGUUGAUGGAGUUGAUGGACAGCCGCUCUAUAAUAUUAAUAUCACCACCACGAACGUAGUUAAUGCAACGCACAACGAAUACUACGAUGUCUCGACGACGACGAUCGACGGCGGCUGGUGGGACGGUUCGUUGUCGUCGUCAUCAUGUGCAACUUCACUCUCCGGCUUACCGCGGGGGCAACGUGACAAGUAUGCUUUGGCUGCUUUCCGUCCACCUCGUAAUCGACUUGAAUUGGACCGUGACACUUUCAACAAGCUGCGUAGCUAUGGCGCAGGAAGUGCUGGAGAUGACUAUCAUGAUCAUCAUCACCUUGUCUUGAAGUACCAGUUCGAAAAUUGCCAAGACUGA